AGGGGCUAUUACUGCUACCCCUCCUUCCGUCCCAUUGUUGUUUCUCAAGGGUGUGCGCAGAGAUCUGGCGGCUGGGAAAGCCGAGGGCUACCGAGAACCACGGAGGAGUCCACACCCUUGACCUUGACGCAUCGUGGCGGCGCUGUAUUCUCCUCCUCUCCAGCGAUUCGGGCGCCAUCGCUAGCGCGUCGGACAGCCAUUGGUUGGCCGUUUCCCGCGCUCGGCCGCCAUAGCCAGCGAGUCAAACAGUUCCCGCCAUCUCUUAUAUUUGCUCGAAACGCACUUUGCUAGAGCAGAGUACUGCAUCUGUCGGCAAUUCCUGAGGUCUAUCUGUGUUUCUGUCUUUUCUCAACCUCCCCCCAGCUGCAGCGUUUUUGACAGCAGCAGAAGGCUCAUCUCAUGAUGCCGUUGUGCGGCUGACCAAGAGAUCAAGUCCAGACGCAGCACGUCCAGGUGUGUCCUGUGCCGAAGGUGCCAAGGCAUCACCACUUGUUUCACGGUUUUAUUGUCACAAAAAGCCUGCCAUGAUGAAUGGACACGUCAAUGAUGAGAAUGACGUGUCGUCGACGUCAACAGAGACGAUGCCAAGCAAUCGGAACCCAGAGCCACAGCAACCAGUGUCUGCAUCGUCGUCGUCCACAGGGGUCUCGUCGGCUUCACGAGGCCUGCCGAAGACGAAACUAGCUCGAUUGUUGUUUGGGAAAAACAGCAUGCAUGAAAUUCUCGGGGGGGGAAACCUUGCCAAUCUUUUGCUGUGGCGCUCUGCCCUUCUCAGCGGGGCCGUUUUACUCUUCUCCACUGUAGUCUGGGCCUUCUUCUUCUUCUCGAAAUGGACAGUGGUCUCACUUAUCUCGACCAUACUUAUUGUCAGCCUGACGAAUGCGACACAUUUUAUCGACCAUCUGCCUGAUAUUCUUCCUCACCUGUUGUUGGAGGAAGCUGAGGUGAAGAGAAUAGCGACAAAUGUCCGAAUUUUCACGAACGAUGUUCUCGCGUUCGUUCAUUGUCUCGCUGUGGGCGGCAACCUGAAGCUGGUCUUGAAAACCAUGCUGUAUCUGUAUAUUGGUGCGAAGCUAGGUGCUUGGUUCGACUUCUUCACCCUUCUUUACGCGCUUGUGGUGCUGUCAUUUGUGGUGCCAAAGCUGUACGAGAUGUACGAGACUGACGUAGAUCGUGUGGCGGACCUUGCGUACGAGAGAUCGAAGAACUACUACAGCCGCGCUGGCAACGCAGGGAGACGGGCGGCGGCCGCCGCCGCAGCUGCAAAGGCAAAGGCACAGUGAGUUGCAUUCUCAGCAAGCGAAAAGAAACUGCACGUGCUCACGCGGAUUUCAAUAACACUGUUCAUCGACAAAGGGCAAAGAGGUGCGCUCCUAUCCCGAGGAAGUAUUUCACAGUCUUCACCACACUAGUCUGGACCUCCUGCUUCUUCUCUAAAUGGAGAUGGAUAUCAAUUGCUGCGAGCAUCGUCGAGGUUAGCCUAACAAAGCUAAGAAAGAAAUUCUGGACAAAUCUGCCUCCAAUUCUUCCUCACCUCUUGUUGAAGAAAGCCGGGGUAGGCGAGGUGAAAAGAUUUUGCCACAAAUUUGCGGAUUUUGGCUGACGAUGUUCUUCGCGUCUCUUUGUUGUUUUAGCCAUGUGCGGUACCCUGAAUCUGGCCUUGAAAAUCAUGAUCUAUCUGUAUAUGGGUGCAAAAAUGGGUGCAUGGUUUGACAUCGGCACCGUUCUUUACGCACGUGGUUUGUGGUGCGAAAAGUGUACGAGACUGAUGUAAGGUCGUGUGGCGGACAUUGCUUAUGAGAGUUCCAAUGAGUGUCCAGACAAUGUGCUGCUCAGCAAAAUGCCCACAGUCCGAAGACAGGCUGCUGCUGCCAUGGAGGCGAAGAGAAAGGCAGAAUGGUUUGCGUUCUUAGCAAGCAAAAAGAGACGGAAAUCGCUCUCGCCUGAGGCGGUAUUUCACACAGGCACAGUUUUUGAAUAUUCCUUUUGUAUGGUAAGAGACCAUCCCGAGCAAUUGAGAGUGCAGGUGGGUGGUCACCUGACAACGUGUGCAUAUCAACGCGUGUGGGCAGAGAGUGUGUUUUCACUCACACAUACACACACACACACACACACACACGCAUAGAGAGAGAGAGAGAGAGAGAGAGAGAGAGAGAGAGAG